AUGAGUUUCUUAUGGGAUUGGUUUACCAGUAUUUUAACAACACUUGGUCUCCAUAAAAAAAGUGGUAAACUUGUAUUUCUCGGCCUCGAUAAUGCUGGAAAAACAACACUAUUGCAUAUGCUUAAAGAUGAUCGACUUGCCCAACACGUACCGACAUUACAUCCAACUUCGGAAGAAUUAGUCAUGGGUAAUAUGAAAUUUACAACAUUUGAUUUAGGUGGUCAUGCUCAAGCUCGUCGUGUAUGGAAAGAUUAUUUUCCAGCUGUUGAUUCAAUUGUCUUUCUUGUUGAUGCAGUUGAUCGAACACGUUUCGCUGAAGCAAAAGCUGAACUUGAUAGCUUAUUAACAGAUGAACAAGUAGCUAAUGCACCUAUUGUUGUACUUGGAAAUAAAAUUGAUUUACCAGGAGCUUGUAGUGAACAAGAACUUCGUUAUGUACUUGGUAUUUCUACAGCUACAACAGGCAAAGGAAAUGUUACUCGUUCGGAUAUAUCUGGUCGUCCAAUGGAAUUAUUUAUGUGCAGUGUACUAAGACGUGAAGGUUAUGGUGAAGCAUUUCGAUGGCUUUCACAAUAUCUAUAG